GGCCUUGGCAACACUGUCUCGUUUCAAUCAAAUCAAAUGUGCUUGUCAAAGAGAUGGAAAACAUUUUAGAAGAAAAACUACGAGAAGCGGCAUGUACAGGUGAUACAGAAGCUCUACAAAGCCUUAUCGCUCAAAACAUAGACAUAAAUUCACAAAAUGUCGUGAACGGGUGGACUGCCCUUCAUUGGGCUUGCAAACGGGGAAACGAGGAAAUUGCUAGAAUUUUAAUUAACAGCGGAGCGGAUCCAACGGUAGAAAACUUUAAGGGCGAAACGCCGGACGCGGUGUGCUCGAGUUCCUCGAUUUUCAAUUUGUUAAACAUUGAUAAGCCUGUACAAAACAAUUUCGCCCCGAACGAAGAUAACAAUUUAAAAUUUGUACCUAAUUACGUGAAAAAUCCACCACUUAAUGGUAAUAUAGAUUUAGGUCCACGUCUGCGAACACGUCAUCCCGACUUAUCAAGUAUGCCAACCACGAUUCUUCCUGCUCAAAAUGACGAUUUGGUCUUAAAAGUGCGAGUAGCCGGAUCAAACGAUCCCGAUUUUAUAGAAAUUGAAAUACCUAGAUGGAAGCUGACUUAUUCGUCAUUACUGCACAUAUGCUGUCAAGAGCUGGAGAUUAAGGAAACCCAGGUGGAACGGAUACGAAAAUUGCCUAAUACGAGGCUGAGAAAAGACAGCGACGUAAAACGUUUAAAUGAUUUGCAAUGCCUAGAAGUAGUGAUAAAAGCACCACGUGACAAAUAUAAUAAUGGCUAUCAGAGCAUUUCUGUUUGUAAAGACCAGACUAUUCUUUACUGAUAUACAAUUUUUAAGUUUCCUUGCCUAAUUUAGCAAUUCCUUUUUUAGUACAAAUUGACACCAGUUUUUAAACUAUUUUGUAGUUAGACUAUUAGCUUAGCAAUCUCUAUACAUUUAAGCAAUGUAAUUAAAGUUUUACAUUUU